UUGUAGUUUGCCAGUUGCUCCCACGACUAAUGACUAAUCUGAAGUAAGGCAGUUUGUCUGUGUUUUGGAACCGUGUUGCUUGUGUGAUAUUGUGUAAUAGAGGUACUCCCGGGUACUUCCUUGCUGAAUUCAAGUGUUUCCUAAAUCACGAUGUCGGAUGAAAUCGCAGAAAAUGGUACAGCUAAUGGAGACGUUCCGGAGAUCGAGCUUAUAAUAAAGGCAUCGACGAUCGAUGGAAGACGAAAGGGCGCCUGUCUGUUCUGUCAAGAAUACUUCAUGGACCUAUAUCUGUUGGCUGAGCUCAAGACAAUCAGUUUGAAGGUGACAACAGUGGACAUGCAGAAGCCGCCCCCAGAUUUCCGCACCAACUUCGAAGCGACACACCCGCCCAUACUGAUCGAUAAUGGGCUGGCGAUACUUGAGAACGAGAAGAUCGAACGUCACAUCAUGAAGUCCGUGCCAGGGGGACACAACCUAUUCGUGCAGGACAAGGAGGUCGCGUCUCUAAUCGAGAACCUGUAUUCAAAACUGAAGCUGGUGCUGGUUCGCAAAGAUGAACAGAAAUCAGCGGCGUUACGAGCUCAUCUCGGACGCAUCGAUGGACUUCUAGAACGCAGGGAGACCAGGUUCCUAACGGGCGACACUAUGUGCUGUUUCGACUGCGAGCUGAUGCCGAGGUUGCAGCACAUCCGCGUCGCCGGGAAGUACUUCGUGGACUUCGAAAUACCGACGACGUUCCGUGCUUUGUGGCGUUACAUGUAUCACAUGUAUCAGCUUGACGCUUUCACGCAGAGCUGUCCCGCCGACCAGGACAUCAUCAACCACUACAAACUCCAGCAGCAAUCGGCGAAAGGUUUGGUGUCGCCAACAUUAUCCCGACAGAGAAAUGAUGAGAGCCAAGGAUCGGCAUUGAAAAUGAAGAAACAUGAAGAACUUGAAACACCGACGUUCACGACCUCAAUCCCCAUCGACGUCAACGAACUGAAUAACGCAGAGUAAUGGUACAAUAGAAUAAACACCUAUAACCUUGGUACAAUACAAUACAAUACAUAUUAAUAUAUCGGUUUUAUACUUAAACCACGUAAAAUUAAGAAGUUUAUACUAUUGUUUUUUUUUCUUUUUUUCUCAAUGUGACAACACCGAAAUUUAUCUAAAACUUUAAUAAAACAAAAGUAAUUUAUGUGAAAUUAUUGAAGGUACGUGGUUUUAGAUUUUUCCGCGAUGCUACGUUUUGAAUAAUAAAACCAGCCAGCCCCGAAUCACAAGUUCUAACAUAUCAUUAAAACAUUUCAAUUCUAUUGGUCUAAAAUCUGAUUUACUGUCUGUGAAUUUGUUUCAUAUAAGUAACUAUGAUAUAUAAUGUAAUAGUCACUAGACUCGAUUACAUAGGAAAAUACAGCAAAACUCGCUCUCAUUUAUGGCCGAGUACUUACAUGUUAACAUUCAAUUCACAGGUUGGUAAAUUUUGCUACAUUCAAUCUCGGACAUGUAUGGAUACUGUGUCAAACAAAUCAACUUAUCAACCCCAAUCGAUCAGUCCUUUGCACCAAGCUGAUAGUAAUUGUACGAAAUUUUUAUAUGGUAAAGUUAAAAUCUAAAAGAUUUGUAUGUGUUAAUUGGGUGCAUGGGGAAAUGUCCUGAAAAGAAUUUAGUUUAUUUUGAUUAUUUUAUAAGUUUUAUAUUUUCAAAUAUUACCGUAAUGAUGAUGCCUCUCUUCAAAAAAGUUGCAAUAUGAUGACUUGGUCGAUUGCUGACUGAGAGGUGACUGUGGCCAUUGAGAAACUUGUUUUUUUUCCAUAUAAUAUCACAUUUCGGCAGAGGUGCUGAACGUAAAAACAAUCGCCAAAAGAGCUUUUAGAUUUGACAUUACUAAAAAAAUUAAACAUUGACGAAAAAAAAAUCAGAUGCAGUCAUCCAAACAACGAAUAGAUGAUUAUUAUAUUUUAAAUAGUAUGUAAGAUUGGUUUACAGUAUUCGUUUGAUAAUUAUCAAUAUACUUAAGUUUAUGACUUUACCGCCAUUUGUAUUUAAUGCCUCUGCCAACUUGGAUUGUCCUAAAAUUGCUCUUGCCCGCCUGUUGCUUAUCUGGGUAGUAAAUAAAAUAAGUGCUUUUCUUUCAGAUUAUUUUGUUAAUUUAUUAUUUAUGGGCCCUAAUGUAGGUUGUAAGAAUGUGAGGCUUUAAGUUGGACCACCUAACAUAAUUGCUCUACUCAAAAUAUGAUUUAAUCAUUUUACAACUUUCAAUACAUAUACAGAACUGACUGUUUUUGCAUUCAUAGUUUACAAUAGUCUUGAAGUUUUGCAAAAAUUGUGUUAGAAAGAGUUACAGAAACAAAACUAACUUUAUAUAAUACACUCAUUUGAGACAAUGGCGAGAGACAAUCAGCAUGUCUAUUGGACAAUGUAUAAAAUAUUAAUGCUAGAUUAAAUGUAAGUGUUAAGGAAUAAACCUGGAUAAAAUAUAACUU